UGGACGGGAGUUUGGUUCAGCUGAGUGAGCAGGAUGGCGUCAGGCGCGCGGGAGUGCCCCAGCAAGGCCGUCCAGUACCGGGUGGACCACCUCCUCAGCGCCGUGGAGAGCGAGCUGCAGGCCGGCAGCGAGAAGGGGGACCCCACGGAGAGGGAGCUGAGGGUGUCCCUGGAGGAGAGCGUCCUGUGGCAGAAGUUCAAGGAGCUCACAAACGAGAUGAUUGUCACCAAGAAUGGCAGGCGCAUGUUCCCGGUUCUGAAAGUGAGCGUGUCCGGACUGGACCCGAACGCCAUGUAUUCUUUUCUGCUGGACUUUGUGUCGGCGGACAACCACAGGUGGAAGUACGUGAACGGGGAGUGGGUCCCCGGGGGCAAACCGGAGCCCCAGACUCCCAGCUGCGUCUACAUCCAUCCGGACUCUCCAAACUUCGGCGCGCACUGGAUGAAGGCGCCGGUCUCCUUCAGUAAAGUCAAACUCACCAACAAACUCAACGGCGGGGGUCAGAUCAUGUUAAACUCUCUGCACAAAUACGAGCCGCGCAUCCACAUCGUGCGCGUCGGAGGCCCGCGCAGGAUGAUCACCAGCCACUCCUUCCCAGAGACGCAGUUCAUCGCUGUCACCGCCUACCAAAACGAAGAGAUAACAGCGCUAAAAAUAAAGUAUAAUCCAUUUGCUAAAGCUUUUCUGGAUGCAAAAGAGAGGAGUGACCAUAAAGACACCAGAGAAGACGCCCCUGAAAACCACCAGUCUGGCUACUCUCAGUUAGGCAGCUGGUUUAUCCCGGGUUCAGGUGCCCUCUGCCCUCCUGCCAGUCCCCACAGCCAGUUUGGGAGUCCCAUCUCCCUCUCGCCGUCCCACGGCUGCGAGCGCUACUCCACCCUGAGGAGCCACCGGUCGGCGCCGUACAGCAGCCCUUACGCCCAUCGGACCAGCUCGCCAACAGAUUACUCCGAAAACACGUCCUCCUGCCUGUCGAUGCUCACCCCUCAUGAUAACUGGUCGAGUCUCCAGAUGCCGGCACACUCCGGCACCAUGGCCCACAGCUCCCCCUCCGGAGCCAGCUCCAGUCAGUACACCAGCCUGUGGUCUGUGAGCAACCCGCCUCUGACCUCAGUGCCCCAGAAUGGGGGCAUAAACAGCUGCUUUGGCUCGCAGUUCCUCCGAGGCUCCAGCAGCCACUAUCCAGGCCUGGCUCACUCCGCCACAGCGCCCUCUGCUGGCUCCCCGCUGUACGACGGCAGCUCAGCAGCAGAGAUGCAUGAUGCUGCUCAGUUUGAAGGCUCUCCUCACGGCCGCGUGCCGUCAGCCUGGACCUCUGUAGUUCCUCCUUCCCUUUGAUGAAAACACAUGAAAUCAUUCUGAUUUUUAAAAAAGAAGUGACCUUAAUAAUCAAACCUUGCCUUUAGUUUUUGUCAGUUUUGUUCAGUUCAGGAUAUUCCCGUUAUUUUUUGCUUUUGCAUCACAUCUAUUAAUUAA